GUAUCUUUGCCUGAGGUUGGAACGAUGCUAGGCAGCCCAGGCCCAGCCUCCCAGCUUCCAGCAGCCGUUUGCUUCUCAGACCUGACGGAAUCAGAAGGUGCCUAUGCCCAACGGUGGGUGACCUGCCCAUCCUCACCCCCAAUGAGCUUUUGUUCUGAUGCAACCUAUGGUCAUGCAGGGAUGCCCUUACACCUUCCCACGAUGUCAUGAGUGGCGGGCAGCCGAGCAGUUCCAUCACAGACGAAGCCUCAGGAGCGCCUGCCCCCCGCCUCAGGUUAGAGCUGCUGCCACUGUCCCUGUGCCUCCUCAGGAUGGUGCUAGGGUUUCCCGCCUAAGCCCAACGCUGUUUAACGGUGCCUGCAGCCCCCUGGAGCCGGCAGCCAUGAAUCUGUGCUGGAAUGAAAUAAAAAAGAAGUCUCACAACCUCCGGGCUCGCCUAGAGGCCUUGGCAGACCAUAGUGGCAAGCUCCAGCUCCCUCUCCAAGAGAUCAUUGACUGGCUCAGCCAAAAGGAUGAAGAGUUGUCAGCUCAGCUGCCCCUACAAGGGGAUGUGGCCCUGGUGCAACAGGAGAAGGAGACCCAUGCGGCCUUUAUGGAAGAAGUUAAGUCUCGAGGUCCCUAUAUCUACUCUGUGCUAGAGUCAGCUCAAGCCUUCCUGUCCCAGCAUCCUUUUGAAGAAUUAGAGGAGCCUCGUUCUGAGCGUAAAGAUACUUCCCCCAGAAAACAGAUUCAGAAUCUUAGCCGCUUUGUGUGGAAGCAGGCAACCGUGGCCAGUGAACUGUGGGAGAAGCUGACAGCACGCUGUGUGGACCAGCACCGUCACAUUGAGCGUACCCUAGAACAGCUCAUGGAGAUCCAGGGGGCAAUGGAAGAAUUAAGCACUACUCUGACCCAGGCCGAGGGAGUCCGAGCUACGUGGGAGCCCAUUGGGGAUCUCUUCAUCGAUUCACUCCCAGAGCAUAUCCAGGCUAUUAAGCUCUUCAAAGAAGAAUUCUCCCCCAUGAAAGAUGGAGUAAAGUUGGUUAAUGAUUUGGCCCAUCAGCUUGCUAUUUCUGAUGUACACUUGUCACUGGAGAAUUCCCGGACUCUGGAGCAGAUCAACAUCCGGUGGAAACAGCUACAGGCAUCAGUUACUGAGAGACUGAAGCAGCUGCAGGAUGCCCACCGGGACUUUGGGCCAGGAUCACAGCACUUCCUCUCCUCCUCCGUCCAGGUUCCCUGGGAAAGAGCAAUCUCACCCAAUAAAGUUCCUUACUACAUCAACCAUCAGGCCCAAACCACAUGCUGGGACCAUCCCAAGAUGACGGAGUUAUACCAAACCCUAGCGGAUCUGAACAACAUUAAGUUCUCAGCAUAUCGCACUGCCAUGAAGCUACGCAGAGUCCAGAAGGCACUGCGCCUGGACCUUGUAACGUUAACCACGGCCCUGGAUAUCUUCAGUGAGCAUGAUCUGCAGGCCAGUGAGCAUGUGAUGGAUGUGGUGGAGGUCAUUCAUUGCCUCACUGCUUUAUAUGAGCGACUGGAGGAAGAAAGAGGCAUCCUGGUCAACGUGCCACUGUGUGUGGACAUGAGCCUCAACUGGCUCCUCAAUGUUUUUGACAGUGGUCGCAGUGGCAAGAUGCGGGCAUUGUCCUUUAAGACUGGCAUUGCAUGCCUGUGUGGCACAGAAGUAAAGGAAAAACUUCAGUACCUCUUCAGCCAAGUGGCCAACUCAGGCAGCCAGUGUGAUCAACGCCACCUUGGUGUCCUGCUUCAUGAGGCCAUUCAAGUGCCCCGUCAACUGGGUGAAGUGGCGGCCUUCGGAGGCAGCAACGUGGAACCCAGUGUCCGUAGUUGCUUCCGUUUUAGCACUGGGAAGUCAGUCAUCGAAGUUUCCCAGUUCCUGGAGUGGGUCAACUUGGAGCCCCAGUCGAUGGUGUGGCUGGCUGUUCUGCACCGAGUCACCAUUGCCGAGCAAGUAAAACAUCAGACCAAGUGCUCUGUCUGUAGGCAGUGCCCCAUCAAAGGCUUCAGGUACCGGAGUCUGAAGCAAUUUAAUGUGGACAUCUGCCAGACCUGCUUCCUGACAGGCAGGGCCAGCAAAGGCAACAAGCUACACUACCCCAUCAUGGAGUAUUAUACCCCGACAACAUCCAGUGAGAACAUGAGGGACUUUGCCACCACCUUAAAGAACAAAUUCCGCUCCAAGCAUUAUUUCAGCAAACAUCCUCAACGAGGUUAUCUGCCGGUACAAUCAGUCCUGGAGGCUGACUACAGCGAGACGCCGGCUUCUUCCCCGAUGUUACCACACGCUGACACACACUCUCGAAUUGAACACUUUGCCAGCAGACUUGCUGAGAUGGAAAGUCAAAAUUGCUCCUUCUUCAAUGACAGCCUGUCCCCAGAUGACAGCAUAGACGAGGACCAGUACCUGCUCCGGCACUCCAGCCCCAUCACAGAUCGGGAACCAGCCUUUGGGCAACAGAUCCCGUGCAGCAUGGCCACAGAAAGCAAGGGAGAGCUAGAGAAAAUCCUGGCCCACUUAGAAGAUGAGAACCGGAUUCUCCAGGGAGAGCUGAGACGGCUGAAAUGGCAGCAUGAGGAGGCGGCUGAGGCCCCUGCCCUGACUGAGGCCUCUACUGACCACGACCACCGCAAUGAGGAGCUUCUGGCCGAGGCCAGAAUCCUUCGACAACACAAGAGCCGCCUGGAGACGCGCAUGCAGAUCCUGGAGGACCACAACAAGCAGCUGGAGUCCCAGCUGCAGCGCUUAAGGGAGCUGCUCUUGCAGCCACCCAGUGAAUCCGAUGGCAAUGGCUCUGCAGGCUCGUCCCUCGCUUCCUCCCCACAGCAGUCAGAAGUCAGUCACGCCCACGAGAAGGAACAAACCACUCCGGACACAGAGGCUGCAGAUGACGUGGGGUCAAAGAGCCAAGAUGUCAGCCUGUGCUUGGAAGAUAUCAUGGAGAAGCUCCGUCAUGCCUUCCCCAGUGUGCGAAGCUCUGAUGUGACUGCCAACACCCUACUGGCCUCUUGAUGGAACAAGUUCCUUAUCCUGUAGUCCUCACUCCUCUCUUGGUUCUGGUCAAAGCCUUCCCUCUGUCUUCACCCAACCUUUCGAGUUCCCAAUAGCCCGGCAGGCAGAAACAGGGAUAUGGAGUUAUGUGAGGUGGGAGUGGUAGAAGCUGGGAAAGGGGCACAUGAUCCCCUGACUCUAGAAAUAUGCCCUUUAAUCCUCAAGCUUGAGACUUGUCCCUUGAGUAUACUUCUGUUGCAGCCCAGGCAAAUGGCACUUGGUAGCCAUUCAGAUAGGGAGCAAAGAAGUUGUCUUGCAAACUUUAUCUCCCUUCUCCACAGAGAUAAAAAUGCCUAAUGGCUCUGGGGUGCUAGCAUACUGAAUGCACAGGGGUUAGCCCUACUCUUUGGCCUAAUUCAUGCGGAGGGUCAAACGAGUAUCUUUUGAGGCACUCUUCCAAGUGCCCCUGAAAAAGUCUGUGACAGUACAUGUCAUCUUACUUCAGUUCCAGGACAUAUCGCUAGCCAUCCUGUUGCUAUUUAGAUCUUGUCUUUCUUCUUUUAGUAUCUUCAGUUCCUUCUGCGUCACUGACUGAAGACCUUCCUCAAAAGGGUAAACAAUCCAUUCCACUUCCACUUCACAUUUGGAAACAUUGAAGAAAGGCUUCUGGGUAUAACUUAUUCCCCCUCUUGAUCCUUAGUAAGUUUUAAUUUUGUUUUGGUCCCCUCCCCACCCCCACACCCCCGGAGAGACCUGCUAGACUUGUCCUAGGAACCCAGCCAAAGUUAUCCUUUGUUCUGAGUCUGCUAUCAUCGAUCUAGGAGAGGACUGAUAGCUAGCUCAAGGAGAGGGCCUUGCUCUCCUUGGGCAGAGAAUGGAAAGCCAACCCCUAUCCAGGAGGAGGAUGACUACCCAAUACCCUCAUUGGUGGGGUCCCAUCAGUCUCUUACUCUGAAUCAGAUGGGGUGGCUGAUUGCCCUCGGAUAAGCAUAUAGUCGAUGUAGCCAGUCAUCCUGAGCAGUGGCCUCUUCCAAGGCGCCACUGGCCACCAAUCAAGAAGCAGGUCACUUUCCUGAAAUACUCAAACCACAACAAGAUGUUCCUUUAAAUAACCCCACCCCCUGCCCCCCAAUUCUAGAAGGUAAACCUGCCCGCAAACAGAACUAACUCUUCUUUGGCGAUAUAUACCAUGACCCCUUUAUCCAAAAACUAUUCAUUGUAGAUAGGGGAGGAGGGUGGGAACUUUUAACAGCGUUAGAACCCACAUAGACAGCUUCUAUCAAGAGGAGCUUUAUAACCUAGAACCCUACAAUUGACUUAUUUUUCCUAGGGUUAUAGACAUACAUACAUAUCUAUUCUACAUGUCUACUUUUCAGCAGUACUCUGCACAUUAAAUUCUAAUACUUCUUAAAACAUUAAUGUUCUGCCUUGCUCUUUGUUAGCCCCAGCCUCUGGUUGGACAGGUAGAUGCAUCUUGGGGAAAUUCCAUCCAGGGAUGUCCCCUUAAGAUGUCUCUCUCCAAGAUGUUUGGGGUGGGUUGUUCUUACAAGCAAAGCAACAGAAGCUUGUGGCCAACAGAGGAACUUAACAGGAAAAAUCCAUUUGUUCUCUUUCCUUUCUCCAAAUCUCAUUUCCUUGAGACAUGGGCCUUGGAUGCCUUUUCCUGGACUCCUCUAAACAAUGGUUCUGGUGCCAAGAUAGACCAUAUUAAAGCUUCGCACACCCAACACACACAGGCCCUUAUUAUUAGACUGUCACGCUGAAACACGGAAUAGAUACAUAUUUUAGCCUUUUCCAAUUCCUGAGGUUUGGCCUAGGGACUUCACUAGCAAUGGUUGCCACGAAGGUCAGGGGAGCAUGGAAUAGGUGGGUUACUGCGUUAUAAUCAAUUACUAGAUGUUUCUGCUGCAGGGCCGGGAGGGCAGUAGCUUGAGUCCAGAAGCCUCAGCUGCACUAAACAACAGGCCCAGGGAGUCGGACCUCAGGUCACAUCUACCUUAGAGUUCAUGAGGAAUCUGGGUGGGAGAGCCGGAUAUCUGGAUGAUGGGCGGGCAUGAAAAACAGAACCCGUGCAUUGGACAAGGUGGGUUUUAUUUGCAAGGGCCUAAAUUGUGAGCAGGAGUAGAAUGGGAGACUUUUGCUGUAACAUAGAAGGAUCCGGGACUUUGAAGCCUGUGCUUGCCUUAUCUAAUCCUCAGAAUGGAUAUUAUGGAACAAUCUUUUAUCAGGAAGGCUCUAAAAAAUCGUUUCCAUAACCCCCUACUCCACCCCAGAGAUCUUGUGCUGCUGGGACCCUGUGGCAACUGCUGUGGGUCAGGCAUGGUAGAAACGAUGUAGAUCUUGUUAUGUAGGAUUUGUGCUGUAGGUGGACUGAAGUAGCAGGUCAUAGACUCAAGCGUUGACCUUUCGCUAACAAGGGUCACCAAGACUGUGGCCCUGGAUUUACCUCCAUACCUGAGAUGUAUAUUCCUGAAGGGUCCAGUGAUGAUCACUGCAGCAUGUGUGGGCAGUUGGCCCGCAGUGAGGACCCUUGGGUGAUGUGAAUUCAAAUUCGAGUAGGAUUUACUGACAUGUCUUGUAUGUUGUUAGGCAUCUGUUGUGUAUCAUGUCGCCUAGAGGUGUUGUGUGUGAUGCUGUAUAGUUUAGUGCCUUGUACUGGAAAGAUGGUGAUGGGGGCUGCUGAGUAGCCCAAGGAAACCUUCGAAAUGGUGAGCUUAGCAUCUGUGAUCAAGAAUGUUUUGCUGGAGUUGUUGACAACGAAUAAUCAGUGAAGAGUUAGGACUGAUAGACAAUUUAUUCUUGACUGGAUCCAAUAGAAGCCAAAAGCUAUUGUGGAGUGCAGCUUCUCCCAAUUAGAGCAGAGUGGAAUGAAGUUGACUGAGGCUUUGUCAAGAAAAGCUGACUGGCGGAAGGACAUCGGUUGCAGGAUGGUUCCCUAGGAAAGGCCCUACCCAGGAGCGCAUGUGCCCUUCCCUCAGGAAUGAGAAGGCUGGAAUCAACUCUCAAGAGCCCAUUGCCCUCAAAAUCCCAACUUUCGAAAAGUUCCCUCCAGAGAAACCUCUGGGUCUCUGGUGCUCUUAAAACUGGGCUGACAGACAACGGUAAUGAGAAACCCUGGGGCCAAAAGAGCCCAGUUCUGGGAGACAUUUCCCAUCUGGAUUCAUCUUUAGGAAUACCUAUGCCGGCUGUGGUAUGUGCUUGGGGGCUACGCUGCAUGUACAGUAAUAGUCUAGAACAGUCCUUGAAUUUGAAUUCUCAAGGGCAGAAACAUAGCCUCUGGCCUCAGGGACAAUUUUAGGCCCAGAAUCCCAUCACAUUUCUCUUGGCAUCAGUGACAGAUAACAACAACAAAAGUAGCUCUGCCUCAAGAACUGCCCAGAAAGAGAAACUGGGCCUGCGCACUAGGGCCGUUAAGAUUACACACCUGAGUCAGGCAACUUUAUCUCUGGGCCUCCCUGCCAAAAUCUAGCUCUGGAAACAAAAGACUAUUUCAGCUCCUUUUCACUCUUUUGAAAUCAAUGGUGAUGGGAGAGGGAAAGGCUCAAGGUCAGAGCCCAGCUUCCAGCCUCUAUCUCUUCCCACAGCAGCUCCCACAGGAAGGGACCUGCAGUGUCCUUGUGGUCUCCGCGGCAGUAUGGAGGCCAGCCUGAAUCUGGCUCUGCUGCUUGCUGUCUGCCAGAACAGGUCAUGAGGACGGGAGUCUAGAAAAGUAUAGGAUGAAGGGGCUGGGGCUGGGAACACAUUGGUUAAUAUUGGUUGCCACUCACUGUGGUGCUUUCCCCCUUUUCCUUUAAUUCUGCUUUGAAAAGAAUAAAUUUGUAUUUGUUUACUUUG